CUCAACGGAAGUAAAGAACGAGAUUUUAUCUAUCUAUGACGUCAUUACCAUUAUGACGUCAUUACGUACCCUACCACGGCAACCCCUUUACGUGUCUACAUCGAUGAUAUUGUAACAGCUGCUGUACUGCAACAAGAUCCGAAAUAAAUCGACAUUUUUUGCACAUAUUUUGAUAUCAUAGACCUCUCUGGCAACAAUAAGGAAAACACAGAACUCUAAAAGACAUCAUGGACAAAACUAACCAAUUUGACAAGACACAAGUACAAUCAGACAGAAGAGUUCCUGCUUGUCUGUAUCCGGAAGUGGUGGUAAUCGCCCAUGGAUCUGUAUCUUCUAUUUCCGUUUCCUCUGACCUGCGCAGACCACCAACAUCUGGCGGAUACUGGGCCUGUUCAGAGUGUUCUCUCGUGGAAGGCGUCCAUUCAUACCAGAUACCUACCUGUUCACCUAGUAGAAAAGUCAGUUUGAAAAACCGGAUUUUGAACAGAAUAACCUCCAUCCUCUUCUCAUGCAUCAAGAAAAAACAGACCAAUGUUUGGCGAACUCAGAGUGCCGCGUCUGUGCGGUCAGUUUGCGUGGACUCUCGGUCCGGAGACGUAUCUGUCCGAUCGCUACAUCCCGCCAUCCAGAGACUUCGGAUGCGGCAUCAGGAUAUGUAUGCUAUCUUCAAUGAAGAUCUGUUCUACUGAAGACAAAUAACUUCUGCAAUAACGUCUGUGAUAUCAUCAUCAUCAUCAUCAUCGUCAUCGUCGUCGUAUAUAUUAUAUUAUGUUUAUUAAAUAAAUAUUCCUUAGAA